AUGAAAGAAAAGAAACAAGUCACACCCGUUCAAACAAAAAUUGAGCGAGAGAUUGAGGAAAACCCAAAGAAUGGUAGUUCCUUGUCCACUCUACAAAUGUGGAUCACCAAGGAAGAACAUGGCCUUUUUAGUAACGAAGACAAGAGAAAGAUUGCAUUCUUUGGUUCGAUUAAAAUGUGGCUAAUUUUAAUAAUUUCAAUAAUUGUAUUGUUGACUGUUUUAAUGCUUUCAGCAAUAUGGUUGAGCAGUUUUAUGCCAUCAGUGGUUUCUUAUAGUUCAGAAUUGAGAGAUUAUGAGUUUAAUAAUAUUAUUUCAUUUGUAGCACAGUUGAUUAGAGAAGUGUCAAUGUCAAGCGACAAUGCCAAACAUUUAAUGCUGAAAUCACUUGAUUUUUCGGAUAGAGAUCAGAUAGAAGUGAUGAUUUAUCAGUUUUAUAAGCAACAAAAGAGUUACAUGAAAGGAGUUGUUGUCACUUGCAAUAUUGGUGACAAUGAAGGAAGACAAUAUGGAGUUAUGGACUGGGGAGGCAAGCAAGCCUUAUUCAACAUCACCACAAAGGAUCAACAACUUUAUUAUUGUAAUAACUUUGAUGAACUUGACUAUUGCAAUAGAAGUUCUAUUCCUGACAUUCAAUUAGGAUUUUUUGACUUGACAGUUAUGAUUACUACAGGAAAUACUCAUCCCAACAAAGCAACCAUGUCUCUAAGUUUCAUAGAUGCAUCACAACCACAGUAUACUUUCAUUACCAUGUAUAAUUCAAUGCCAUUAACUCAACCAGAUGCAAAAGGAAACAAAUUUAAGUAUUAUCUGGCAAUUGACAUGUCUGCUGAAACUAUUUCUCAAUAUUUGGCGAAUGCAACUUCUAAAAUAACUGGUUCUAAAAGUUUUAUUAUUGAAAUGGCAACUCAAUAUAUGAUUGCAAUUUACAAUAUUGAAGAUGACAAUUCUAAUGCAAGAGUUGCAGUUGUUAAUUCAGAUGGAUCUGUCACAAGACAGACCUUUCUCAAGAUUGAUAAUGAUGAAAGAGUUUCUGCUAUUGCUCGCCUAUUAGAAGAACACUAUGGAACUAGUUUGAAUAUUAAAUGCAAUACCAAGUAUUUAAUUACAUCAGAAACUGAUUACAUUUCAAUUUACAGAUUAUGUACAGAUACUGAUGUUGAUUGGUUGUUUGUGUUAGCAGUUCCUCAAUGGAAUUACAUUAGGUCAAUUGUUAUUGCUGUAAUUUGUGCUAUUGUUGGUGCCACAUUCAUUGUCACAACAGGUGUAGCCAUUUCCAUCUUCAUUUCAGUCAGAUUAGUGAAACCAUUUUACAAUUUGAUUGAUUUAUUCGAAAGUGUUUCUCACAUGGAUUUGGAUAAUUUAGAAAUUCAUGAUUCCAAGUUUACAGAAGUGAAACAGUUACAAAAUCAUUUCAAAACCAUGACAGACAGAAUCAAACUUUACAGAGCUUUCAUUCCAUCACAUUUACUUUCUCAAUUAGAUCAAGGAGGAUCUAACAAUGAAAACAAUGGAGGCCAAGAUUCAAAGAAGAAGGGUGCUUCAAUGGAUUCCUAUCAUAAAUCCUCAAAAGCAUCCGCUUGGAGUAGAAGUCAUACCUCUAGUUCACAUCGAAGAUAUUCGAAUGAUUUGGACAUUUUCUCACUUCACUUGGAUAGAAAGAAAUUAUCCAUUGUUGCAAUUCAUAUUGAAGGAUUGAAUAGAUUAUUCUCUGAAAUAUCAGCAGGUGAUUGUGUUGACCUGUUGAAAGAUUUCUUUGAUCAUGUGGGAUUAGUUUGUCGAACAAGUAAUGGAUAUUUGGGAAAUUUUGAAAAUGAUUUAAUUUCAAUUUCAUUCAAUGCAAGUUCAAACCAGUCAAAACAUUCAGAAAAAGCAGCUGCAACAUGUGUUCAAUUAAUGGAAAAACUAAAUACAACCAAAUCAAAGAAAUGGCCAAAUCAAAUUUUGAAAAAGAAACCUCAUUUGAUUGAAAUUGUAAAAUUUAGAUUUGCAAUUUGUGUUCAAGAAUCAUUAUGUGGAAAUUUAGGAUCGAAUGAUUUUAAGAACUUCACAGUUAUUUCAAGUGCUAGAUUCAAUUUGGAGUCCAUGUUGAAUAUUGCAUCAAAAAUGAAUUUGAAUAUUGUUUUAUCUGAUAGAGUAUUUUCAAGUUUAGAGAAACAUUAUCAAAUGAGAUAUGUUUAUACGACAGAAUUGAUCCUAGAUACAUACUUUUCAUCACCAUUUAUUCAACACAAAGAUAAUGAAAAAGCACCAAUAGAACCAACACACAUUUAUGAAUUGGGUGAAAGUUUACAUGUUGGCAUGGAUGAAUGGAUGUAUGAGUUAAAAGAAAAGGAAAAGAAAGCCAAAUGGACCAAAUACAAUCAAGCUUGCAUACUCUUCUUCUCAAAUCAAUUCGACGAAGCAAAAGAACUCUUCAAAGAAUAUCAUGAACUCAACAAUGAUGUGGCAGCUGAAUUACUAAUGCACAAAUGUUCCAAAAUUAAUGAUUGA